AUGUCCGGUUACAGCAAUAGUAGAGAUACUGUACAGGACCAUACGAAUACAUACAGCAGUAUGUCCGGUUACAGCAAUAGUAGAGAUACUGUACAGGACCAUACGAAUACAUACAGCAGUAUGUCCGGUUACAGCAAUAGUAGAGAUACUGUACAGGACCAUACGAAUACAUACAGCAGUAUGUCCGGUUACAGCAAUAGUAGAGAUACUGUACAGGGCCAUACGAAUACAUACAGCAGUAUGUCCGGUUACAGCAAUAGUAGAGAUACUGUACAGGGCCAUACGAAUACAUACAGCAGUAUGUCCGGUUACAGCAAUAGUAGAGAUACUGUACAGGACCAUACGAAUACAUACAGCAGUAUGUCCGGUUACAGCAAUAGUAGAGAUACUGUACAGGACCAUACGAAUACAUACAGCAGUAUGUCCGGUUACAGCAAUAGUAGAGAUACUGUACAGGACCAUACGAAUACAUACAGCAGUAUGUCCGGUUACAGCAAUAGUAGAGAUACUGUACAGGACCAUACGAAUACAUACAGAUGA